CGCAGAAUCCGCAUCUUGCAUAUCGAAAACGAGGAUCUUUGCGUACUCCCUGACUCCCCCAUCUCACCGCAUAGCCAUGGCUUCACAGGACUCGAGCGGGAGCACAGCGGCACCACCGCCAGUGUCAAUCACAGAACUUCAAGAGACUCUGCGAAAUGUCCAGCCUGAAGUGGCCCUUGCCGAGAACGUGAAUGCGGAGCUGAGGCAGCGGGUUGAAGCUCUCGAGUCGGAACUUAAUCGGUCAAAGUACCACGCUGCGCUCGCUGAAGGGAGAUACAAAGCUCGCACCCUCCGGGAUGAUGAGCGCUUUCACCGGCAUGCUGCUCGUCUAAGCAACAGGCGGAAGCGCAACAUGACCGCGGUGAAGGAGGAGCUUGAAAAGCGUGUCAAGAGAGCUGAAGAGGACCGUGAGCUGGCGAAGAAAGCUGCGGGCGAUGCGGAAGAUCUCAGAAAGCGUAUGGAAAACAUCGAAAUGGAGCGGGAUCUCGCAACGAAAGCAGCGAACUACUUCGAAAAGAAAGCUGCUGAUGACUCAGAAAUUCUCAGAAAGCGUGUGGAGAAGGCUGAGGUGGAGCGAGACCUUGCAAUGAAGACAGCAAAGCACUUAGAAGAAGCUCAGAAAAAGUUGCAAGCUAAGUCGAAUCAUGUUUCGGAGCCCGCAGAGAACGUACCUGUGAAUGAACCGGCGGAGCAGCGACAAAAAGCGAUCGAGCUGAAGGCAAAGCUAGAGAAAGUUCGAGAGAUGCUCAAAGAAGCUAGAGCCGCACGAGAUACCGCCGAAAGGGUAGUAAGGAGCAAAAAAAGAGAGCAUACCAGGUCGGAGCGGGCGUGGAACCAGGAGCGCAUUGCCUUGAAGAAGUCGGGGGAUAAAUUGAUGGCAAAGAUCGUGACAGUCGAAACAGAGCGAGAUUUAGCAAGGGGGAGUCCAAAGGAUCCUGGAGAAUCGCGCCAAGAGAUGGAGCUUCGCUGGGAGAAGCAGCACGACAUAGCAAUUGCAAGAGAAACUAUUAGAAGAGUUACAAGUCGACACCCGUCUUGCACACUACCGGUACAAUACAGUGCUCCGACACUGUGACACCAUCAGAGACUCCGUGGUUCUAUAUCAACGGAAAAUCUGAGCAGACCAUCACUGCUCCAACCGGGGAGGUCAGCCGGGGAGGCUUGACAUUGUGAGUACCUUUUGGAGCGAGCGAAAAGUUUUCAAGUCACUUCUCACUAUCUUUGCUUUCAUGGACAAGAUCCUUCAGAACGAAUUGCUUCAUCUUUUGCGAUACAAAAGCGAUUGGUCAUGAUUUUAUCAUUUUCUUACUAAAGCCUCAAUCAAUGCGAUUGGGAAAAGUUCCCCCCAUUCCAUAUACGAAUAUCACUUUCCCUCA